CGAAAACGAGAUAAGAGAUGUGUAGUAGAACUGAAUUAUCUUCUGUAGUCGCGCUUCGCUGUGUUCACAGUCAAGUAGGAGUACCGGGUGUUUUAUUUAAAACAGUGUGAACAGGUGGAUAAUCACCCAAAGGUUAGAACUGAUCCAGUGACAACUUCACCAAAACCUUGUCAUCGGCACUUACCUUUGUGAACUGAUCCUUGCCUCUGGGUCCCACCACAGUCCAUCACACUACUUGGUACAAACAUCCCGUGUUCUCCUAAGCUAGUCUACGUAUCAACACACAAGAUGGAUUAUGACCCUGAAAACAAUGGUGGAUUAAGCUUCUCAGAAAAGUCCAUCAGGAUGGGCUUCAUUAGGAAGGUGUACAGUCUGCUCGUCGUUCAACUGGUCAUCACCUUCGGCAUUGUGGCUCUCUUCAUCUGGGUUCCUCAAGUCACAGACUUUGCCCUACACACCCCUGCCUUGUUCUGGAGUGCCUUUGGCGUGACUUUUGCUAUGAUCAUCCUAUUGGCCUGCUGCAGUGACUUCAGAAGGAAGACGCCGUUCAACUACAUCGCCCUCUUCGUGUUUACUAUCUGCGAGGGAUGGCUCUUAGGGUGUGCCAGUGCCACCUUUACUGCUUGGGAGGUCACAAUUGCCAUCGGCAUCACCAUCAUUAUUUGUGUUGCUCUUACCAUAUUUGCUUUCCAGACAAAGUGGGACUUCACGAUGAAGAGCGGGCUUCUGUUCGUCUUGCUCAUCUCACUACUCAUGUUCGGCAUCUUCGCAGCCAUCUUCCAGAGCAAAGUGCUGAACAUAAUGUAUGCCUGCUUGGGUGCUCUCCUCUUCUCUGCCUACUUAGUUUUUGACACACAGAUCAUGUUGGGCGGCAACCAUAAGCUGGCCAUCUCCCCCGAGGAGUACGUUUUUGCUGCCCUCAACCUGUACCUGGAUGUGGUCAACCUCUUCAUGUACAUUCUGGCCCUCACUGGUGGUGGCAAUGGGAACUAGACGACAAAAUGAUCUCUUCAUCUUUCUUGAAGGUGAUCAGACUAUUAUGUACAGUACUCGUCUGGCAUCACUGAAGGAAGCAAGAACUAAUUAACAUCAUUAUAGUUUCCUUAGUCAAACCCACAUUGAAAACCCGGAUUAGUGUAAAUGAAUGGUGUAAAUGUAGCAAGAUUUAAGUAUGAUAAUAAAUACCUCCAUUGGUUAUUUCCUCACCAGGCUCAUGAGACAGGGCUUUAAUAUUUUUAGAUCAUCAUUACAAAUUUACUGAAACUUAAGUCUUUAUUAAGUUAUUUGUAGUGUACAGAAAAUGUCAUCACCCUGGCUGCAUUGAUUGACCCUCAAAUUUCAACUACCUGAAAUGUAUCAUUAAUUUUGUCGUCUUUCUCAUAUGUUUGGUUAACUUUUCUUCCUUACUGUGGCUGAAACUACCUGGAGAUGUCCCAGAUGAUCUCACAGCCUUGUAAAGCCUCAUCACUAUAAAACAUAAUAGGUGGCAAAGUCACUUCCAGAAAGACAGGUAAUAAAUACAAAGAUUUAUACCAUCUACCUGUAUAAAAUGUUGAGUUGAUUUAUUAGAAUUAAAUGUUCAGAUACUGUCCAGGUUUAAUCUCACUCUUUCUCCUCUCUCUCUUUCUCCUGAUGAUUUUGGAAUAAGAUUUUAAGUUAGAUAGUAUUUUAGUUAAAAUUGAGAUAUGCCAUUACUCGACUUAAUUUACAGGUAGAACAAAUCUACUUUAGUUAUAUAUUUCAGAGAUAAAGUUAUUAAGAGCAGUUAAACAACUGUAUAUAUGGAUAACAUACAGCUGCAGAUAAUUCCCUUCACACUUUAGGAACACUAGGUAAGGGGAUUGGAAUUUUGGUGUAUUUUCUUGUAUUUUCUUUGCACAGAAUUAAGAAGUGUGUUUGUCUUUUUUUGGUGCUUCUAAUAUAAUGUGAUAGAUAUAAAGCAAUCAUAUACAGUAUAAAACCCACAAGUACAUGCCAGAUACUGCUAAAUGUUCAGGGAAUCUUGUCUGCAACUGUACUGCACAUUUAAUAAUUUGAAGCGUCUUAAAUCUAACUUGAGUAAUAGUUGUGUUUCAGUUAUAUUUAGGAAAAACCUGUAAGAACAUGUACCAUAAAGAGCCUACUGCUGUACAGGCAUUAUAAUGUUGAUGUUAACUUUAAUAACUACAUACAUUCUUCAAGUUCCAUUUC